AUGAAGCAGCUCCAUGCCAAGAAUGCGCAGCUGCAGCAGCAAGUUGCUUUGUUAGUUGCACAGAUGGCUCAGCUCCAAGUUAGAGUUUCUCCUCCUCCCCGUAGAAAAGGUCAUGUUGCCAUGUCAGACAAGUUUGAUGGCACUCAAGCCAUGUUUCCUGUUUUUAUGGGACAAUGCCAGCUUUUCAUCAGCCUGAGAAUGGAAUAUUUCUCCACUGACCGGGAUAAAGUGGGGUUUGUACUAAGCCUGCUCUCUGGCUCUGCAGUUCGCUGGACCACACCCUUGGUGGUCCAGGCUAGUCCUCUGUUGGACAAUUUCAGACUUAUGUAUGAAGACCCCAUCAAAAUGCAGACAGCCAUCAGAUGA